AGAUUCCAUUAUGGCAUUGUUGUUUAAUCUUGAAACUUUAAUGUGUUAUCAGUUGUAUUUCCUGUCAAUGACUAAACUAGCAUUUGUACCGCGCAUCAGUAAAGAUUGGCCCCUCGUUCCAUUUAAGUAUUAAGUAUAUACAACAUCCUUCUACACGACAAAACGGAUGGAAACUUCAAUAAGCAUGGAGAUCUACAACAUCUUUGUGUGUGGCUGGGUCAAGGAAAUUGUUAUCAACAUUCUACCGGAUGAAUCGUGCAUCAUUUUAGCUCAGUUUCCCGGCUCACUGGCUGCUUCUUCAGUACUGCGCGACACGCGGAGGGGAUUUAAACGACAGGCGGCCAGCAGCAAGCGGACCAGCGAGCGGAGGACCACCACCAUGUUUACCGGCGGGCUGAGGGCGUGCGCGGCCGUGUGCGCCUUGUGGAUUACGGUGCUGACGAGCACGCGGAGCGGCGUGUGCGCCAAGAGGCAGGAGGACUCCUUCUCCACCGCCAGUGUCUACCGGGCACGGUGCGCCUCUCGGUGCCUCAGCCUGCACAUCACCCGCAUCUCCGCCUUCUUCAAGCACUCGCAGAAUAAUGGAUCCUUGGUGUGGUGCCAGAAUCACAAGCAGUGCUCCAAGUGCCUGGAGCCCUGCAAGGAAUCCUGGGACCUGAAAGAAAACCAGUGCCAGGAUUUGUGCGAGCCCCUCUUUCCCAAGAAGCAUUACGAGUGUCUCACCAGCUGCGAGUUUCUUAAGUCAAUCGAAGGCGUCAAGCAGGGCGACUGUCCUGCUCCGGAGAAGGCAAGUGGCUUUGCGGCAGCCUGCGUGGAGAGCUGCGAGGAGGAUGCAGAGUGUUCGGCCGUCAAAAAGUGCUGCUCCAACGGCUGUGGCCACACCUGCCAGCUGCCCAAGAACCUCUACAAAGGAGUCCCCCUGAAGCCCAGGAAAGAGCUGGCGUUUGCCGAGCUUCCCUCCGGCCAGUUGGAGAUCCGCUGGUCCUCCAAGUUCAACAUCUCGGUGGAGCCCGUUCUCUAUGUGGUGCAGCGACGCUGGAACUUUGGCAUCCACCCCAGCGAGGAUGACGCAACGGAGUGGCAGACAGUCGCACAGACUGCCGAAGAACGCGUCCAACUGGCGGACAUCAGAGCCAGCAGAUGGUACCAGUUCAGAGUGGCGGCCAUCAACGUGCACGGGACCCGCGGCUUCACCGCACCCAGCAAACACUUCCGCUCCACUAGAGAUCCGUCUGCCCCACCACGCCCAAGCAGUCUGCGUGUCACCAACGUGACGCAGGGGGAUGAAGGACUGGUGACAGCUCGUCUCAAUUGGACCUUGCCAGAGGAGCCCGACAUCCCCAUUCAUCACUACAAAGUGUUCUGGAGCUGGACCGUGCCCACCAAGUCAAUGGUUUCAUCCAAGAAGAGAAGGAGAAAGACCACCAACGGGGCUCAGACAUGGGUGGACCUGGAGGCCUUGCAAGCGAACAGCAGCUACACGGCGGAGCUGCAGGCUGUGACGUACUGGGGACAGGUGCGACUGAAGAGUCCCAAGGCCCUGCUGCAAUUCAGCACCAACCAGAAUUCCGAAUCAGUCAAACUGGUGCACAAGUGGAAGAAAGAGGAGAUAUCCCUGUCUGGGACGACCUUAGCCAAAGCGAAACGGCCUUCUGGUCCUCUAGAGGUGGGCACGCCCUUCUACCUGGAUGGCCAGCUGCAAGUUCGUGUCUACUGGAAGAACCGUGGAGAGCCUGGAGUUAACCGCUACCACGUGCAAUGGAUGCCUGAGUACUGCCAUCACAACGAGACACGGGGACCAGAGAAAUCCUCGACCCAGGAGAACUACAUCAACCUCCCGGGCCUGUUGUUCUCCUGCAAGUACAAAGUCACGGUUCACAUGCACAAGUCCAAGAGACGCUCCAAGGAGGAGAGCACCACCUUCCUCACCCCGUCCUGCGCUACCAUUCGGAGCAAGACCCACAAGCACAUCCCCUGCCCCGGGGAGGGAGCUGCAGGGCUUCCCAAAGUUCUGGCAAAGCCUGAAAAUUUGACAGCGACGUUUUCCAUCAGUGGGGUAAAUAUCACCGGCAACUUCCUGUGGCGUGUUUCCCGAGUGGCGCCCCAUCAGCGGAUUACAGGCUUUCAAGUCACCUGGGCUGAGAUCACCUCUGAGAGUCGGCAGAACAGCCUGCCCAACAGCAUCAUCUCCCAGUCCCAGAUCCUGCCUCCGGAUCAUAAUUUGCUGGUCGUUUCCAACCUGCGGCCAUCUACUUACUACAGACUGGAGGUACAAGUGAUAACGACUGGAGGCGAGGGUCCCGCAACUGUCAAGACCUUCCAGACUCCCAACAUAUCACCAGUCAGUCAGCAUCGGCCCAGACUCCGACAACACCAGUCUCAUCACCAAAAACCAUCAGUCGAGAGACACUGAGUGGCAAAGUGAUGCAAAGUCAGUCAGUUGCUCUUUCCUUCCCACGUGUCAAAGACUAUCGGGGGAAGAGCGUGGAACCGUGAACUGUCCCAGGUCCGACCCCGUCCAGGUCCUUUUAAAAUAAAACAAAAAAAAACCCUGAUCCUCUUCCUUUAGGGAGCCGUUAACACAUCGGCUAUUUCUCCUGAAACCGCUCUGUGUACAGUUGAUCUUUUUUUUGUUGUUUUAUUACUCCAACACAAAGUCUACUGUGGUGCAUUUGUUUGCUGGCCUAUGGAAGUUAGGCCACUCCAAAUUGUAAAACAGUGUAGGUUGAGAUGAUCACAGGAGGAGCAACAUGCACCACAAGUCACUGAAGAGAAGCAGUUAGUCUGUAAAAACACCAUUCUUUGAGGAAGGUUAACAUCAUCUAUUUAUUUUGUCAUCGUUGUCUAACCCAGAGUCUGUCACGUGGUAUGUUGCAUGUGGUACAUUUUGUGCUUGCAAUGGUUCUGCAUGACGACCAUUCUGUUGGCAUGAAAAAAAAAAAAUUAUAAAUUGUCCUUUUAUUUCUUGAUAUGUUAGCGAUAUUCCAUUAACAGAUUAACAAAGAACUAUACUGGGAACACUAUGUAAUGUUUUAUUAAUGAAAUUAUAACGCGUGGAAAUGAUGCAUUGUACAUCUUUUUCUUGGCUGUGGAAAAUGUUCGUGGAGCAGUCAGUGAAUGUCUAUAUUUAUUUAUGUGUGUAUUCCAGGUUUGAUUUGGAUGUGCGUGGAUGUGGAUGUUUUGUGUGUUUUUAGCCUCUCUUCUUUUUUGUUUUUUUGUUUUCGGGAAGCAACGCAAAUCUUGUAAAGACACUUUGUAAAAAUGGAAUUGUAAAUACAGUCUUAUGUUACAUGUUAUUUUUCCAUGGUAGAAACUGUACAAACUGCGAAGUAAUAAAACAACCCCUUAACCAGA